UAUGGUGGUGUUAAUGUUGUGGCGCUUGACGCUGUAGCUCCUGGCUCACACACCGAUCAGCAGUUGGCAGGACAGCCGAGUCCGGACGCUCCUCAUGCGGGGAUGUGUCGGGAUUUUUCUUUUUUGCUUUUUCUUUUUUUUUUUUCUUUUUGUGCGCUGACGUCUCCAAAGGUGUGACUGCACGAGAGUUGUGUCACAACAUUUGAAUAUUUAUUUGAAAAAAAAAAAAAAAAAAAAUGAGAAAGCGAAUGUUACAAUCUGCUCCCGGGGAAUAGCUGAGUGACACGGAUCAAGUUUGAGGAGCGGAGCUGUUCUGGUGCUGGAAGGAGUCAGGCGCAUCUGGGGGGGGAGCGCGCUCGGUUGGGACUUCAGAUCCGAGCUUUCAACCACCGUGGAGGGGGGUUGCAGGAUGAGACGCGGGGAAGAGGAGAGCCACUCGGGCAUCACGUUAGCGUUUGUGCCCACGGCGUGAUUUACAGUUCCCCCCCACUCCCUCCACCCCCACAAUGGAGGAGAAGUUCAACAGACUCAUCUUCAUCCCCAUCGCGGCGGUUCUCUUCCUGAUGAUCGGCUACCAGUACGUGUGCCCGGCGGACAGCAACACCUGCUACUUCAGAGGAGACGAGCAGGGGCUCUUCGAGCGCUUCUCCUCCUCCUCUUCCUCCUCCUCGGGGGAUGAGUUACUUUAUGCGGAGCCCGAGGCGGACGAGGACGCCCCCUCCAGGAUCACGUCCAGGUUCAACUUCACGGAGCGGGACCUGGACCGGCACGUCGACUUCAACAUCCGCGCGGACGACGUGAUGGUGUUCCUCCACAUCCAGAAGACCGGCGGGACGACGUUCGGCCGGCACCUGGUCAAGAACAUCCAGCUGGAGCGGCCCUGCGACUGCAUGCCCGGCCAGAGGAAGUGCACCUGCCACCGGCCCGGUAAAGCCGAGUCGUGGCUCUUCUCCCGGUUCUCCACGGGCUGGAGCUGCGGGCUGCACGCCGACUGGACCGAGCUCACCAGCUGCGUGCCCGGGGUGAUGAACAAGAGGGACAAGAAGAGUGCCCCGAAGAGCAAGAGGAACUUCUACUACAUCACUAUGCUCCGCGACCCCGUGUCACGCUACCUCAGCGAGUGGAAGCACGUGCAGCGCGGCGCCACUUGGAAGACCGCCCUCCACAUGUGCGACGGCCGCCCGCCGACCGAGGACGAGCUCCCCGCCUGCUACAGCGGCGAGGACUGGACCGGCGUGCCCCUGGCCGACUUCAUGAACUGCCCCUCGAACCUCGCCAACAACCGGCAGGUCCGCAUGCUGGCCGACCUCAGCCUGGUGGGCUGCUACAACAUGUCGUCGAUGAGCGAGCUGGAGCGGGGCCAGGUGCUGCUCGCCAGCGCCAAGGCCAACCUGCGCAACAUGGCCUUCUACGGCCUGACGGAGUUCCAGCGCAAGACGCAGUACCUGUUCGAGCGGACGUUCGGCCUGCGCUUCAUCCGGGCCUUCACGCAGAUCAACAGCACGCGCGCCGCCAGCGUGGGCAUCAGCGAGAAGGUGCGCUGGCGCAUCGAGGGCCUCAACGCCCUCGACGUGGAGCUGUACGAGUACGCCAAGGAGCUGUUCCUGCGGCGCUACCAGUACAACCGGCAGAGGCAGCACCAGGAGGAGCGGGUGAGGAGGCGGCAAGAGAGGCAGCACAGGCAGCGGAUGCACAGGACCUAUCUGGCUGAGCUGUGGAGACUGGGAGGAGGAGGUGGAGGAGGAGAGGAGGAGGACGGGGAGGAGGAGGAGGAAGAGGAGGCGAAGGUGCUACAGGUGGUAGCCACCACCGAGGACUACAGCAGCCAGGUGGUUCGGUGGUGAGGAGAAAACUAAAAACAGUGACUAACCGCUGGUUGAUUCAUUGUGCUUUACUCUCCUCCCUCCAUCUCCCUGCAUCGAGCCUCUGCUGUGAAUCUGCCAAAACCUCCCGCCCUCAUAGCCUCGUAGCGCUUUGUUGGACCGCCAAAUGAUGUCUUAAUAUUUAUGAUGGAUGUACUUGUCAUGGCAACACAAACACUUUGUAAUUAGGUUCAUUUCUUAUGGCUAUUUUCGGCGAGGCAGUUGUGAAAUGUAUUUAUUUAUUAGCGGGUGCUUUGAAUGUCCUCGGAGCCGUGAAAGCGCUUCUGAAAUUAACUCCAAGAACCGAGAAAAGAUCUGAUUCGCGAAGACGCCCCGCGGCGGGCGACCGACUUCUGCUGAAGGAUGCUCAGUGUCAUGUUCGUGAUCUAGCGCCGUGUUGAUCAGUGAAACCUUGUAGUCGCUCUGUGGUGUUUGGCUUCGUAAGAAUAUCAAAGCACAAACCUGGCAAUAGUCUGCGGUGUGUGUUAUUUUUUUCUCCUUCUUCUUCUUCUUCUUCUUUCUGACUGAUUAAGCUGCAGCAGCAAACAGAAACGAGCCAAUUUCUUGCAGGAAAUGUGUUCAAUAAAAACAUGCAGCAUCCAGCGAUGUUAAUUUGUACCUGACGGACUCUCUCUGGUGUGCAUGAUGUGGGCACGCACGUGUUCUUGCCCUGCUCCUUCUUUUUUUUUCAUUUUUUUUUUUUUCACGGCAUGUUCUCACCAUAAAAAAUCUGAAAAACUUCA